CCACUGCAAAUAAAAGGAUCGCCUCCUGUCAAACGGUUGCCUUCGCUUGCGAGUUGAGAAAGGAUAAGGACCGAUUUCUUCACUGCCGAAAACCCUCAGAAAACCCUCAAGCCCAGCCUUCUGCGGAUAAUAUUACUGAGAGCAUUUAUAGAGUCUGCGCUGUGAAGCCAGCUAGUUGGUGCUCUUUGGAAAGAUUUCGGUUACUUUCCCACUAAAGGAGAAAUCUACUUCAGUUUUUAAAAUGGCGCCAACGCUAAAGACAGCAGAGAGGAGGCGUUAUUGGCUGGUGGGCACGAUGGUCGUUGAGAACCUCUUCUUCUCGGCCGUGCUCCUUGGCUGGAGCUCAUUGCUUCCCGUUCUGCUCUCCGAGGGAUUCUACAGUAACGUCUGUACAAAGGAUGACAUGAUAUCAGACGACAAUGGCAACUCGACGGCACAAGACAGUAACAACGACACGUUUGGCAACGCCAGCUCCACCCUGUCCCCCUUUGUCAACGGGUACCCGCGCUGUGCAGAGCAGGACGGGAAGCUCAACCUGGCAUUUACCGUGGGGUCCUUCCUUCUCAGUGGGCUGACGUUCCCCAUCGGACUGGCCAUGGACAAGUUUGGCUCAAGAAUACUUCGAAUUCUCGGAGCCGUCAUGUUCAUCGUCUCUUGUCUGUUGUUUGGCUGGGCCACCGUGGAGACCUCCUGGUUUCUGUUUCCCGCCGUCGCUCUGAACGGAGUUGGUGGAAUCAUGAUCACGUUCACCUCCUUCCAGGUAGCUAACUUGUUCCCCUCCAAGCGUUCCACCAUUAUGAGCUUCAGUAUCGGCUCCUACGCUUCAGCAGCAAUCCUCUUUCUUAUUUUGAAGAUAUUCUAUGAUUUGGGCAUCCCAAGGCAAUACAUAUUCACCGGCGUUGCCAUAGCAACCGUGUUUGUCAUCAUAAACUGCAUUAUCAAUGUUCCCCAGGAGGCGAUCCCUGAUCCAGAGGAGGCCAAAUUUGGCAUGCAUUGGCACAUACUGCGGACUGACCACAAAGUGACGGGCAAGCAGUUCUACUCCAUCGUGUCCAGCGUGGGACGUAGGCUGAGCGUCGACGAAGAGAAACCACCCGCCAUCAUCCCACUGUCGAGAAAAGGAAGCAUGAUCUACUCCUCACAGCACAAUCUGGAGCUGACGCUCAACCUGGACAAGCUCAAGCCGAAGGCCAAGAAAUCCACCAAGGAAAAGUCGCUGAUCGGCAACGUCUUCACCCCUCUCUACCUCUUGUCGCUGGUGGUCAUGUGCAUCACCCAGCUCCGGCUGCUCUUCUUCAUCGGCUCGCUCCAAUCCAUGCUGGAAGGAAUCACAAACUUCGAAACAGAAACAGUCAAUAGCUACAUUUACAUCUUCGGCAUCCUCCAGCUGAUGUGCCUGGUCACCUCGCCCCUGAUCGGCACCGUCAUGGACUACAAGAUCAAGGAGACGCUUGACACCCUGAAAGGCAAACAGCGUCGCAAGAACAGCUCCAAGCGCUCCAUGUCCCUGGGCGGUAAGAUGGGAGACGACUGUGUAUUCAGCGACGAGACCAAGGACAUUGUCAAAAUGGACCGCAAGACUAGCCUACCCGACUUCAGCAAGCCCAGCAUCUUCGGUAACUUUGGCCGGUCCAAGAGCUUCGACAACGGGCAUGUGCCGGUGGUAAAGGGCCAAGAGAAAGGCCGGCUGCCCAGCCGGGGUUCUAGCAGCUCGAUGAAAUCGCGACAUUCGAGCACCGACAGCAACGGGUCGGACAACAUCGCGGACCCAGAGAAGCCACCGAUGAGCCUGAAGAUUCGCAAGCUGCUGAACGGAGCCUACGCCUUCGGAAUCACCAACACCUUGCUGAUGCUGUUUGGAGUGACUGUUCUCAUCCCCAGUCUAAAAGUUCAGAUCAUCAGCUUCAUUCUUCACACCGUUAUCAGGGGCUUCAUCCAUUCCGCUUGCUGUGGGCUGUAUGCAAUUGUAUAUCCUGCUUCUCAGACGGGCAGUUUGAUCGGUCUUCAGUCGCUCAUCUCCGCCUGCUUCACGCUCUUCCAAUAUCCCAUCUUCAUGGUCAUCCAGGGACCUCUAGAAGGCAACCCUUUCUACGUCAAUGUGGUUCUGUUUGUCAUGACGGUGCUGAACUAUGGCAUGCCCGUCUACAUGGUGUACUAUGCAAAGAAGCUGCGGAGGCGGCAGAAGACAGAAGCCGUCUCGGAGGACAAACAGACCCUGCUGUCAUCCCGACCAUCCAAGAGCACCUUGCCUGUUGUUCCGGAAGACGUCUGAAGCGUCAAGACGCCGGAUCAAACGGUACAACAAACGACGAUAAGCGGCUUUGUGUGUUAUAAAAGACAUGACUGUUCAGGGUAUUGCGUUUCGCACAGAUCUCUGUUCAUUUCUGCUGAUCCGAAACCAGGUUGUCUUGACUCAAAAAGAGACAGACGUCGAAAGCGGAUUAUUAUAAAAAGCCACGCGCAUGCUUCUCUAGCUUUAGGUAUAUAUGGACUCUAUAGUGUGUCUACGACAAAGCUGAACGUGAGCCUGCAUGCGCAGUGCCUUUUGAAGGAAGGCGCAUAGUAAUUUGCCUGUGGUAGUGUGUGAUACGAGGUGCACUUCAAUCCGUUGAAGCUAAGGGGGUCCAACGGCCCCAGAGGAAGUAGCACUGCAAUUCAUUCAGUUGAUGGUAUUUUGUGUUUUGGCUACGUGCCAAUUUGUGGGAUAGUUUUUGUUGUACAUAUAUUUCUCAUGUACAUCUUAAGAGAGUUUAAAAAUCUGAAAUUGAGUGUACUGGUCCAAGUCUAUAUUUUUGGGACGAGCAGAAACCCCCAAAAUACACUGGUGAUUUUCUUUUUUUCGCAAUAGGUCUAUAUUUUGCUCUGUAUAGUUUGUUCACUGGAGCAAGCCCUAACAACCUGUCCUAUAUACCAUCCAAAAUGUUCGGUAGAAACUAAAACUGAUUGUAAUUUUUAAAUGUCCUCAAAAUUAUUGUGUCUUUGUUAAUAAGUAAGGUGAUUUUGUCAUGCCGGUUUAGGAUGCUAAUUUUGUAGAUUUGUUUUAUGACAAAAAAAAUAGGAACUUUAAUAUUGGAACUUAAGUCUAACAUAGCAUUUACCUUUGACACUGUAUCCAAAAUAUUUAUUUUUAAAACCAUCAAAAAGAAGUUGAUGAUUGUUCAAAUGGAAACAUGUUAUAUAAUUUACAAUUCUUACAUAUUUAAACUUGAACUCAGUAGAAGGGGUUCGAUUAUGUAAGAGAAAUGUUUGUUGAAAGUCUAAUAAUUCUCUUAAACUUGAAUUCUCAUUGUUGUUCACUUUUUAAUUCCUAUUUUGGGGUAUUCUUUUACACAGUCAGACGUUAGUUAAUGUGUUGAGUUUUGACAAAUCUCAAGACAUCAAGUGACCAACACACUAUAACAAAAAUGCAUUGUCCACUGACAUACCCUUUAUUGUGCACAUGAAACGUGGUCCCCGAAAACUGGAUAAAAGUUUUGUUUCUUUUUCUGACCUUUUUACUUGCCUUUUACUUUUGAUUUUAUCUCCUACAGGGUUGAUUUGUGUAUAGCGUUCAAAAAAAUUCCAGUUCUGUACAUAUACUUCAAAACCCUGGUUUUGAUUUUUCUCUGAACGCUUGAACAUGUACAUGUUUAUAUUCUUUUGUUUAACUCUGUUCUUUAUUUCAAAGCAAAUCUACAUAUAUAUUGUUUCCUCUUCCUGAUUUCUGUACUGUAGAAAUUAUUUGACCCAGUUUGUCUCGAUCCUUACGCAUGGAAAGUGUAAAAUAACAAAAUAUAGUUUGAACCAUAUCCAAUAUUAGUUAACACAGAAAGAAUGUUUCCAAAGAGUGUUCUCUUAACCCAAACCCUACGGAAUCCUACAGAAUCCAAUAGGAUUGGUACAAGUUGAAUUUGAUGGAUGUAGGACGGAAGAGCUCAACCAUUAACAUGAUGUCCCAAUUUCAAAUUUGACUUGUGUUUUUUUUUUAAGUACAUGUAAAUUAAACACACGUGUUGGAUUUUGGCAGACAAAAGAAAUGUUCCUCACAAAACUGUUAGAUUUAUGUUUAAUAUUUUUGAGAAAAAAACAAGAACUGUUACUUUUUUUCACUUUUAUUUUCUCCUUAAUAGCCCUGUAAGAAAUCUGAUAAUGAAUGUAAUACAUUUGAGUAUUAUUGGAAUGUUGUCGUAUAAUCUUAAAAUGAUCAAGAAAAUCUUCAGUAUAUCACAAAAGAUCCCAAAAUGUAUUUAUUAAAUUAAACAUUAUUUAAAUUAGUUUGUGUUUUAAACAAAGCUAGAUUUGGAGAAAAAAAAUUAUCAGAGAAUAUUUAGAAUUGUUAUAUAAAAAGUUGUGCAAAUAGGUUUAGAUUAAAAUAAAAAGAAAUUAUGACUCCACCUUUUAAAAUUCAAGUUAAAAAAAUCUUGUUGACGUAUGUUUCAUCUUUCAUUUCCAACUUGAGUUUAUUAUUUAUACAUGAGAAAGUUUUUUUUAUCAUUCCAAUGCUUAUGCUGAAUGAGUAGAAAAUAUGAUUAAGAUGGUGAUUAUGUGAAGUAAUUGGUGCUGAUUAUACAGGGCAUUUCAAUGGAUGAUUGAGGAUAAUAAUAAAUAAAAACAGUGAAACAGAGAAGUGGAAAAGCUGAA